AUGUCCGACAUAAACAAACCGGUGGAUAUGUUCGACGAACAAUACGUGAUAUGUCGCGUUUGUCUCACCGUUAUCGACAACUACGAUUACAAACUGCUCGACGACACUUUCGAGGCGGACAAGAAAGUUACGAUUCGGGAUGUCAUGCACAUUUGCCUUCCAGAAAUGGACUCCUACGUUACCGCACAACCGGUGGUUUGCGAUGAAUGCCUGAAAUUAAUGACCAGUUUCUAUGAAUUCAAGACCAAGUAUUUGGAAACCGAGACCAAAAUUAAGAAUUACAUCGUCAAAAACAAUUUGUUGGAUUACAAUCGAGUGAACUUGAACUGUGUAAUAAGAGAUGUGUGUGCUAAUAAUAAAAUUAUCAGUAAUUCUGUUGUUGUUAAUGGGAGGAGUGACACUAAUGGGAUUGUCACUGAAAGUAUCACACUCCAACCUGUUUUUGACAGCAACUAUUCGUGCAUCCAGCAGGUGCGCAUGAUCCCGUUGACCGGUCCGGAGGCUCUGCUCAGCUGCCGCAACUGCCCGUUCGUCUCGACCGACACGAACACAAUGAGCACGCACCGCUGCAUGAAAAACGAAAUGUUCACCUGCACCAUGUGCGCCUUCACGACGCCGGAACGGGAGUUGCUGAGGUCGCACGUGCAGGUCGCCCACGGCGGCCACACCGAAGUUAAAAAGUACCAGUGCUCGAACUGCGACUUCUUCGGGUUCAGUUCGGCGUCGCUGAAACGACACAAGCGGACCUCGCACAACGGCGUACAACAGCUUUUGAAGUGCCCCAAAUGCCAAUUCCAAACGACCAGCCCCCGAUUAAUGUUACGUCACAACGCCACCCACACGCCGACAAUCCUCAAAUGUGAUUUGUGCAGUUACGAAACGAAAGACAGGAGCAAUUUCAAGAAGCACACGUUCAUCCACAACCGUGACAGCAAACCUGUAAAAUGUAACUUUUGUUCGUACCAGUGCAUUUCGCCCUACCAGAUCAAGAGGCACUUGAAAAGGGCUCACGCCAUUCUGAACGCCCCAGUCGAAAAGAUGUGCUCGAAAGUGGAGGGCGAGGAGCAACGGUGGAUCGGUCAUUCCAGUCAAUAAGUUUUGCUAUUUAUUUUUUAGUUGGAUCUGUGAUUUUGUCUCGUAUUUAUUAAAUUAUUCCAAACGA